UUGAUUGUGUGCAAAUCGUCAUUUGACAACUUUCGCUUUCGUCGUUGUGUCUGAAUGUACAUCACCAAAACGCCGAAUCGAUACAUUUAGUUAUUUUGAAACUGUUUGAUUAUUUUUAUUCCCACGAUGGAGAAAAUUGUCUUCAUAUUAUGUUUGCUGUUUUGCGUUAUGGGUAUCGCCAAAGCCCUGGAGUGCUACGCCUGCCGAGACUGCCAGCCAGAUUUCAAGGACGACAAGACUGGCAAGGUGACCGAAAUAUGUCCCAAGAAUUCCCAAGAUCGUCACGACACCCUGCUCAGAUGCAGCAAGCACGUUGAGAAAGAUGGCAAGAUCAACCGCGGUUGUUCCACUGUGAAGGAUUGCACUGUGUUCGAGACGAUCAGCAAGUGCUCCGACGACACCACAGGAAAUGCUGACAUCAUCGAAACGUCCUGUGAAAUCUGCUGUGACAGCAACAAGUGCAACUCUGCUACCAUGGCAACGUUAAGCCCCGCCCUCUGUAUUCUAAUUAGCUUAUUAAUGGCCCUGCACCAUGUAUAAUUCGAAUAACUUUUUGAAUUUCCCAAUUUCUGUUGGUGUUUUGUUUUAUUUUCAUGCCAAAUACCAAAAACUAAAAUUGAUUGAUUUGAAGUAAUUUAGUUAAACCAAUUCAGUCCGGAAAUAUUUUGACAUUGAUUGGACCCAGGCGCGGGAUUGUUUUUCACAUACCUCGAUGCCAGACGGGUUCAGGCCGUCAUCUGCGGGUAGCACACCCUGAUAUAUCCGGCCUCACUUGCUGCGAGUGGGUCACUAACGGAUAUUUUCGACCCCGCUCGUUGCGUGUUUAUCCGUCAUCUGUUCCGAAUACCGCAAAAUCUGUGCGUGUAUACAUGUCAUCUGACACGAACUGGUUAAGAGUACAUUUCAAAAUAAUGACCAAAUGUUCGCAUUAUAUAUAUAUAUAUAGUUUACUUCGAAGAGAAAAUAAGAGAAAAAGACCAGAAAGUAAAUUACAGUCAGACUUUUAGAUAUUUAAUGAACAUUGACCAUGUUUCAUCCAAGCAAAUUUUGUACAGCAAGUAUAUUCUAAGAGCAUGGGGCUGGGCAGGUAGUCGGAAAUUUGGGACUCUCAGUACUGUGUAUGAGAGUCCCAAAACUUAAGGUAUUGAAAACAUGCAAUACAAGAAAAUAGAGUGGCACCUGAAACAACCAGUCCAAUUUAGUACUGCGUCCAUCAACUGUGUAAAAAAAAAAGCAAAAAGGCUUUUCCUAAUAUUUUACUCCGUGCAGGGUUAAUAGACAGGGUUUUGUAGAAAAUACUUGAAACUGGGCAGUAUUGCAUCAGCAAAUUAUUCUGCUUUCAAGGAACACCCAUUUUUCUACUGAAAUUGAAAUCCACUUUCCUCAGUAAAUCAUGUUUCCGAUGUAUAUUUGCUACUUUUUUUACCAAUUUCAGUGUCUUUCUAUUUUUCUAGAUGUGUAAAUACUAUUUAUAGAACAGUCAUGUUUCUGCGCUAUUUGUAUAUGAGGAGUUGAAAACGUACACAGUUUAAACGUUAGUUUGCUAUGAAAGUAGUUCUAAAUUCAAUAUUGGGUUUUCCCUUCAGUACUAAAUUAUCCAUAUGAGGCUAAAGUAUUCAUUUUUCAUGACAAAAAGAGGCUGAAAAAAAAUUACCUGUAUGAGUGAUUUUAUGUGGAUUUGCAUAAAUGUAUGUAAAUUUGACCUGUCUGUCAGCAUUAUCAAAUGAAGGGAACAAAUUGUUCCCUUAAAAACAGGAAUUAUGAAUAAUUUACAUCACUGUUAUUGCUUUUGCAGAAAUUGUUCCUUUCACAAACUCGCCAAAUAUGCUUCUUAAAUUAAGGUUUAAAGACAGCAUGGCAGACAAUAAAACACAGUGGCACAUUUACCUCAUUUAUAAUUUUAACUCCAAAGUGAAGCUUUUAAAGGGUUUUAUGAGCGAGGCUUGUAAUAUGGUUUUAUAUCAGGUGACUUUUAAUAUUGUUUUUCUAAAUUGGUGUGAAAUUAAUAAUAUAUAGGAAAAGACACUGAGGCUGUUCAAAAAGGGUUAUAACAACUUUUUGCAUUCCUGGUUUCUGCAGACAUUUUAAAUAUUUCACUAUUUUUUAUAAAGUUCAUAUCAGUUGUUACACAAAAUGUACUCUGAAAUACUUUUAUAAAUGUAUUGAGGCUUUAUCUUUUCUUGAUUAAUACACAGGGUUUUGCACUCACUUUACCAAUGUUCUUUUUUAUCGUAGGGCAGUAGAGGCUGUCCCCAAAGUGUCCCUGGUUUCCUGGUUUCUGCAGACAUUUUCAAUAUUUCACUAUUUUUUAUAAAGUUCAUAUCAGUUGUUACAAAAAAAUGUACUCUGAAAUACUUUUACAAAUGUAUUGAGGCUUUAUCUUCUCUUGAUUAAUACACAGGGUUUUGUACUCACUUUACCAAUGUUCUUCUUUAUCGUAGGGCAGUAGAGGCUGUCCCCAAGUGUCCCUCUGGAAGGUGUGCAGCAUUCUCGUAAUUUAUGAAACCAAAAUUGAAAUUCAAUUAAUUGAUGAGCCCAAACAUUUUUCUUUCUUGCGUGAAGUUUUUGUUGGAUUCGGUUCAGUGGUUUUGAAACAAAGACCAUUAAUGUAACACCCUCCGGAGGGACAUUUUUAGGGUGCACCCUGUACAGUUAAAGUUAAUUUCUACGUUUUACAAAGUUGGAAUUGCCUCAAACAAUGGACCGAUCCAGUAAGCACCGCCCCAUGGUUUUCUGACCAAUCACAGCCGUGAUUUAUGUCCGACAUGCGCGCACAAAAUCCGACAUGCGUGCACGCGCGUUUGAUGCGCGCGGCAGGAAAAUGCAGUGUGGUAUUGGAGAGGAGCACGUGUUAAUUUGCCCACGUGUGCAAUGGGAGGGGCUUACUGGAUCGGUCCAUUGUCUCGAGAAUAAACACUACUAUAGAUCGUAUGCGUAGUAGCCAUCUUGGAGGGCAGUGCCUUUAUUUUGCUAGGAUAUGCAGCAACAUCUUUUGUGCAUCAUUGUUACUGAAUUGAAAUAAAAUAUGCCCUUUAUGAUGGCAGCUACGCACACGGUCUAUUCCUAUAUUUGUACUCUAUUUUUUAAGUUUGUCACGUGCAUUGUUGGUUCAUUAUUUCUUCUAAUAGACUUCUGAAAGCUUGUAAUAUAUGUACAUGUUUUCCUGUCAAUAAACAGAGAAGAGUCAGUCUGACGACUAA